GUGUUCGUUUGUACUUCUUUUUCUCCAUUUGUCCUUGCUUUUGUCCAUCGUCCUUUGUCUGUCUGUGCUUCUUGUCUGUGUGUCUGUUUGUCCUUUUUAUCCAUCUGUCCUUCCUUUUGUCUGUGUGUCCUUCUUUGUAUCAGUUUGUCUUUCUUUUUUGUGUCUGUCCUUUUUCCCCUUUCUGUCAGUUUGUUCUUCCUUUUGUUGGUCUGUCCAUCUUUGUGUCCGUUUGUCCUUCCUCAUUUUUUUUUGUGUGUGUCCAUUUGUCCUUCCUCUUGUCCAUCUGUCCUUCAUGUCAUUCCUUUCGUCUGUGUGUCCAUUUAUCCUUCAGUUUAUCUUUGUGUCUGUCUGUCCUUCCUACUGUCUCUUUGUCAGUCUGCCUUUCCUUUUGCUCGUCUGUCUUUUCUCUGUCUUUGGAUCUGUCUGUCCAUCUUUGUCUUUUUUUCCAUCCAUCUUUCCUUUUGUCUUUCUAUCCAUUUAUCCUUCUUUGUGUUCGUCAUGUCUUUUUUUCUGUCCAUCCUUCCUUUUGUUUCUUUCUGUCCAUUUUUUCUUCCAUGUCCAUCUGUCCUUCCUUCUGCCUGUGUGUCCAUCUGUCCUUUUGUGUCCAUUUGUCCUUUUUUGUCCUUCUGUUCAUCUUUGUGUCUGUUUGCUUGUGUGUCUGUCUUUGUGUCUGUCCUUCCUUUUGUUCAUCCUUUGUGCCUGUUUGUCCUUUUUUCUGUCCAUCUUUCCAUUUGUCCGUCUUUGUGUCUGUCCUUCCUUUUUACUGUGGCCAUCUGGCCUUUCUGUCUAUCUGUCCUUCCCUCUUGUCUAUCCUUCUGUCCAUUUAUUCUUCCUUGUCUUGUCCUUCCUUGUCCAUUUGUCCUUCUGUUUGUUUUUGUGUUGUCUUUUCUUGUGUCUGUCCUUAUUUUGUCCUUGUCCUUCUUUGUGUCUGUCUGUCCUUUUUUUUGUCCAUAUGUCCAUCUUUGUAUCUGUUCUUUCUUUGUGUCCGUUUUUGGGUCUGUCAUUCCUUUUGUCCAUCUUUGGGUCUGUUUAUCCUUCUCUAUGUCCGUUUUCAUGUCUGUAGGUGUGUGUCUGGGUACUCAUCUCUAGAUGUGUCUGUAGAAAGGUCUAUAGGGGUGUGUGUGCAUGUAUCUGUGCCUGGUUGUGGGUGCUUUUCUCUGUGCAUCUGUGUGCAUCCAUGUCUCUGUGCAUGAGUCUGUGUGCAUGUCUGCAUAGGUCUGCAUGCAUCUGAGUGCCUAUCUCUGCCUGUGUGUGCACACGCAUCAGUAUAUCUGUGUGCAGGUCUGUGCAUUGUGUGCGCAGCUGAGUGCGAGCCUGUGUGGGUGUGUGUAUCUGCAUGUGAGUUGGUAUGUGCAUGUGUCUGUGCAUGUGUUUGUGUGUUCAUGUGUCUGUGUGCACAUGUCUUUCUGCGUGUAUCUCUACCUAUGCCAGUCUACGAGUCUGUGACUGUGUGUGCACGUGUGUACACGUGUCUGUGUGCACAUCUGUCUGUCUGUGGCUGCAUUCAUGUGUCUGCAUGCAUGUCUGUGUUGGUGCAUGUGUCUUUGCUUAUCAGUGUGCCUGUUGGUGUGGAGGGGUGUGUGUUUCUGGGUGAAGGGUUGUUACGGGGUGGUACUGUACCUGAGCAGGAACCGGAAGUGCAAUAUUGGAGAAAUCACUGAACAAAUAAAGGUAAACCAGUCAGAUGCUGCAACCCCCCAUUUCUGCUCCAAAAGCCCAACACCCCCCCCCAUCAGUCACUGCCCAGUGCUGGAGCUUUGCUGGACUCCAGGGGGCCUGGAAGGGAAAACCAAAAUCCCUUUUAAGGAAGCAUUCCCAUCCUGCGCUGCUCCACACGUCCCUGCCAGUCCCUCGCACAACCCAAGAAGAGGUUCAUGCAUUCAUCUCUCCCUAUUCUGAGCUGCACCAGUUGUUUGCCAAAAAUAAACACCAUUCCACAACCAUAUAUGUGCAACAGCCUUCUGGUGCCUGUGAGCCCCUCCAGCACUGCCUGCUAGUAAUUCCACAGGGCCGGAGACUGUUCUGUCUACCACAGGGGCUCCGGCAGGCUAUGCAUAUAACCCAGCUCAAUCGGGAGUGCCUUUUACAUCUGUUUUCUUUUCUGGACAAAAACAGUAGGAAAAGUUUAGCAAAAACAUGUCACAAGCUGCUAGAAGUGUUUCAGGAUCCAUUACUGUGGUCUCUGUUGAACUUUCAUUCUCCAGUGGAACUAAAGAAGGAUAAUUUCCUCCUGGGACCUGCUUUAAAAUACUUAUCCAUCUGCUGGUAUUCAGAGAGAGUCAAGGUGUGUAACAUUGAGGACUGGAUGAAAAACAGUUUCCAGAAAGACUUCUGUAACAGGCAUGAGAACACUGUCACUGACUUUUUACUAGAAGUUUGCAACAGGUGUCCAAACCUGCUGUCUCUGACCCUCUCAGGCUGCGGCCAUGUUACAGAUGACUGCAUCCUACUGCUUCUCAAGAACUGCCCAAACCUCAGGACACUCAAACUGGAAAACUGUGUGCGGAUCACUGACCAGACCCUGGAAGCAGUAACCCUCUAUGGGAGCUCACUGCAAACGCUCCACGUGGAUUUCUGCCGGAACAUAACACAAACUGGUCUAGAGAGAGUCAGGGAAAAGUGCCCUUCCGUGACACUGAGAGCAGAGAGGAGCGCUAACAUGAUUCCAGACAAUAAGCCAGGGAAAAAGCUGAUGCUUGAAAAAGCAUCACGAAAAUUGGUUCAGCUUUAAAUGCAACAAACAGCGUAAUGCGCCAUCAGCCAGUGUGGGUGUCUGAGCCACGACUGCCCUGCUGUAGGGCAGCAUUGCUACACUGCCUUCUGGCGGCCUUCCUGCACUCCGCCUGCGUCCCAACAAAGGCUGCCCUAGGAAAAGGCAUCCGUCUCCACCUGGACAGUCUUAAGGAGAAAACCUGUUUGCUUUCUCAUAUUCUGUGGAACUGGAACCCCCUGCAUUACUGCCUCAAAAUGCUAGCCAUAAUAAAGCCAAACCCUGCGAUUUUGAUACCCUGUUGUCACAAAUGAGUGGAAUGCACCUCACUUAGAGGAGAGCAGCAGUGGUAUGUUUUAUGAGGUAAAACAAAAAUGGGAGAGAAAUGGAACAUUACAAAGUUUAACAGUGGUUUGACAAGGUUCAGUAAGUUUAAUAUCAAAGGUCAUCUUAUUAAUCACUGCAUGGAAGAAAUAUACAAAGGAAAUAUACAAACUCAGAGGAGUUUGUAUUGAGUUGGAAUGAGUGAGGCAGAGCCUGGAGACACAAAGAGUAAGAACACUCCUGCUAAGUCCCAAGGUUGAGAGUGAACCCUCUUGCUUUCUGAGCUCCUUAGGUAAUGAGAAAGUACAUAAAGCUGCAGCAGACAGAGCCUGAGUAAUUGCACAGCUUACACAGAUAUCAGGGGAGGAGUGAUUAACUGAUGUCUGUUAAAAGAUACACCCGUAUGUGCAUCCACCCGUGCACAGUGAGAACCACACCAGCCAUUUCUUUCUAGCAAAAGCAGAGUAGCUGACAACCAUCACUUCCUCAGUGUGCAAUGGCUGUAGCUGAUGUGCAAGGCUUGUUUAUUAAAUGAAGGCUGCAUGGCAAUGUACACAAAACACAGGUUGAGCCUUCGCAUUAUGUACUUUGAUCAAAUAUGCCAGCUCACUGUUUGGAAGUUGACAUUAAAGCAUGAUACAAUGAAACAAAUGCUUGUUCACAGAACUUACCUCCAGGACAAGACAGCUACUUCCAGCCUGUAGCUUUAAAUGCUAAUUGAGGAAUAUGCUGCAGUACAAAGAUGUAUAGAGAGAGUUUAUAAACACCUGUUUCUCAUUGCAAACUACAAAACCAACAUCAAUCUUCAUCCCAAACCACAGGGGUGUCCCUUUCCUGCGUGCUGCUCUGCUGCUUGCAGUGAAACAUUUUUCAUGAAGAGUUCCUGUGGCAUUGCCUACGAAGUCUGACACCAAAGGUUGACAGUUUUAUUCUGCUACAUAAAACCUGUCUUGAAAUCACACAAUGGGAUUCAGUGGGGUAGUGAGCACUGUUCCAAGACUUGAGGCACAUACAGAUUUGCUUGAAUAAAGACAAAUGUUACUGUGUCAGCUGUAGUGCAGGUACCCAUCAGCAGUUCUGCCUGUUGAGUCUGGCUCAGUGAUCAUACAGACCAGUGUGAUCAUCUAGCAUUAAUAACUCAGGUUUUUGCCUCAACUCCAGCAUGCUAUUUUCCAAAGCAGCCUGUCUCCUCACCUGUGCUUUAUUGCAAUGGCACAUCCUCAAAUUCCCCUUUCCAUUACUGUCCAUUUUAUUCACCAAUUCUGCCAUGAAUUCAGAAUUCCGACUCCUGGAGAGCACACCAAAAUCUAGAAUCCUGCCCAUUCUUGCUGACUCUGCAGCUCACCUCGAUUUACCUGAAAUUUCUCUCCCAUUCAACACGACCCACCAAAGAGCUUUACACCUCGAAAGAAUGACAGGUGGGUAACUCAGCCUAUGGAUAACUUGACUGCCCUGAAGGACCAGGUGUCAGUUCAGCUUAGACAUCAAACAGAAGGCUGCACACAGACAAUGAAACUAGCAGUUCCAGCUGAAAUCACAACGAAGUCUACAGCAGUUAGGAUUUCAUUUUAAACUAAAACUUACACAGAGUAGAAAUACCUGAGUGUGUGUCUCCUUAAAGCACAUUUAGAAACACUAACUUUUGGAAACACUGUUCAGUCCCAUGGAGAGAGUCAGCCUUCCUGUUCCAAUUAACAACAAUCACCCAAAACUUGGUCACUACAGCAACCUCUGUGCACAUACCACAGCAAGCCUCUUCUUCCUUGACAGGAGAGGCUCUGCAGUUGCUGAUAAUCUUCCUGCACUGGUCAGAACACAGAUGAAAUAGUUACAGACAUGUAACCUGGAACUUUUAUCGCUGGAAUUCAAGUAUAUCAAGACUAUCAAGGCUCAAAUAACCUGAUAUCUCUGUUGCAUUUUAACAGUUGUAUCUACACACAUAGCUUUGCAAACUUACUACGUGUCUGCAUCUUUUAUGUAACUGGAAGACCACAGGAGCCAGCUUUUCCUCUAAGGAAUGGAAUUUGUAACCUCUUAAAUUCCUACUUAACAACUUAUUAAAGGUUGCCACAAACA